CAAUCGCUUAUUACAUUCACGUCCACGUCAUCAUGAUCCUCAUUCAUCUCCUCAAUACUAAAAUCUAAUCUCUUCCUUCUUCAGUCACCAAUCAAAAAACUCUUAAUGGCAGCCAUGAACUCAAGUGUUCUCACCUGCAGCUACGCAAUCUCUGGUGCUGGCUCAGUAGAGCUAAACCAGAAAGUGAGUUCAUCAGUCGGGUUUGGUCAGAAGAAACAGACGUUUCCUGUGAUCAAAGCUCAACGAGCUGGUGGUGAUGAUGUUGAUGGGUCUAAUGGAAGAAGAUCAGCCAUGGUGUUCUUAGCGGCUACACUCUUCUCCUCUGCUGCUGUGUCUGCUUCUGCUAAUGCUAGCAUCUUCGAUGAAUAUCUCGAGAAGAGCAAGGCCAACAAAGAACUGAACGAUAAGAAGAGAUUGGCAACAAGUGGAGCAAACUUUGCGAGAGCAUUCACUGUCCAAUUCGGAAGCUGCAAGUUCCCUGAGAAUUUCACUGGUUGCCAAGAUCUCGCCAAGCAAAAGAAAGUCCCAUUUAUCUCUGAAGAUUUGGCGUUGGAAUGCGAAGGCAAAGACAAGUACAAGUGUGGUUCCAAUGUUUUCUGGAAAUGGUGAAGAAGUCUGUUUGUUGUUUGUUAUUCAUUCUUAUAUAAACCCACCCCCAACAACAAUGUAUCUCCCUUUAUCCAUCAAAAUUUUCAUGUCCCAUUUGAAUCUAUCAAAGUUAUCCUCUCAUUAGGGAUUAUGAA